AUGAGCACCGCCUCGCUUCCUCUUGAUUCUCUCCUUAUUACCAGACAUCCGCUUCAGAGGCUUCCCUCUCCCUCGCGUGGUUUUUCUGCUGUUAUUCAUAUAGCUGCGCUGUCAAGUUUCGCAUUGUCCUUCAAAUACAUCAUAGAACAUCCGAACUUAGCAAACGAGGCCUACGGAUGGCAUUUCCAGUACCUGACCAUUAUUGGUCUCUCCAUGGCUACCUUGACAAGCCUGGUAGGCCUCGCCGCGGACCUCCUGCUGUCGUCGCGUCUGUUUGCCCUCAAGAACAUGCUUCUGGUAUGUAGCGCACCGAUGGAGGUGUUGAUCAGUAUCCUCUACUGGGGCUUGAGAAUUAUUGAUACACGGCUUGUGAAGCCCGAUUGGGUGGAAUUGUCGACAGCGGCGGAUAUUGGAUUCCAUGCCAUUCCGGCCCUGGUGUUAACAAUGGAUCUUCUUUGCUUAUCGCCGCCUUGGUCUAUCGGCGCUCUGCCGUCCAUGGGAUUGGCGAGCGCCAUUGCAUUUGGCUACUGGUUUUGGGUGGAGAAAUGCUUCCAGUAUAACGGAUGGUACUCACUCCUCGCGCCAACACUACCACCCAUGCACAUAUACAUGGAAUUGGGAUAG